CUGUGAUGUAUGUUUGAAAUAAUGAGCCAAUUAAAUGAGCGGAGAAGGAUGCCACACGGGGAAGCUUCAGUCACUCGGGCAGUGAUUCACCACUUGGGUAGUUAAAAAAAAAAAAAAAAAAACUUCCCCCAUUUGGGGUUAUACAGAAGGGUUGACCCUCCCCUUGAUUUCGCGCAAGGGAGGAAUUAACCCACUGUGGAGGGCGGAGUAGCCAAAUCGAUCCUCACCGCGAUCUUCGCGAUCUUCACCACGCCGCACAGCCGCCCCUGCGAAGGACCCCAAUAUAAGAAUCCACAAUGAAGAAGCACAAAGUGCCGUGCAAAAAGUUUUACAGACAGAGGGCGCACUGCAACCCCCUCUCGGACAGCUACAUAAGGUACCCCAUAAACUGCAGCUAUGUAGACUGGCGUGUGCACUACCCCCAUUUGGCCGCCCAUGGAAGCGACGCCCAAGCGGAGCCGAUCAACAGUGUAGAAGCAACAAAGCAUAUCACUAACACAGAGGUGGAGCGGCCCCCUGAUGAAGACCCCCCAACUCUCCAGCUGAACACGAACAAAUACCCUAUCGAUUACAACCAAGGUCCUCCCAAAUGUGCACCCCACGCGGAGGUUACCAUACUAGAUAUCGGCUGCGGGUAUGGAGGCCUGCUAUUCGAGCUAAGCAAAACCUUCCCAAAUAAACUCAUCCUAGGCAUGGAAAUAAGAGACAAAAUUACAAACUACGUAGGAGAGAAGAUUCACUCGUACAGAAAGAACUAUCCCCCUCAAUAUAAAAACAUUUCCGUUGUUAGGACCAACGCGAUGAAGUUUUUACCCAACUAUAUAAAGAAGAAUCAAAUUGAAAAGCUUUUUUUUUGUUUCCCCGAUCCUCAUUUUAAAAAACAAAACUGGAGGAGAAGGACCAUCACCAUCGAGAGCCUCUCCCUCUACUACUAUCUACUGAAAAGGGAUGGCCUAAUUUACUUCAUAACAGAUGUGUACACUCUCUUCUUGUGGGUGCGGUUCUGCUUCAGCAAGUACCCCGGCUUUCGCCUGCUCAGCCCGGAGGAGUGCCAGGGCGAUAUCUGUGUGCGGCUCAUUCAUCACAGCUCGGAGGAGUCCAAGCGGGUAAGCAAAAAUAAGCAGGCCAUGUACUUCUGCGUCGCGCGGAAGGAGUGA